AUGGAGAACCCACAUGCAGAGCGUCAAGCUGUUCUACUCGAAAGAAUAGUAAAGAACUCGGAGAAAUGCAUCGAAGUCAUUUCAGAACUCAACCACUGUUUAGAGGAGAUCAAUCGUGCGAAUAGAGACGUGCGAACUGCUGCUAGUCUUGUCACGAAGUACCGGAAGAACGUGCAGUACAACCUUGACGCCACUCGUAUUCAACGCGAAUCGUGA